UGUUUUGUGAAGAUGAGUGUCAGUAUUCCUACUCAACCUCAUUCCUGCCCCGAAACCAUCUCCUGUGCGCAAGGGACGCACACCAGUCUCGAUCAGCACGGAGCAGAGACGCACUGAGUUGGCACAGGAUUUAUAAAGCGUUAAAACGGUUAACUGUGUGAUUUCUUUGCGCAUAUAAUGAGAAGCUGAUGAAGGAACUCACUGGAGUUAACUUACUCGACUAAGAAAGAAUUGUGACGUUUCGGUGGACAUUUAGAAACAAUGGAUCAGGAGGACACGCUGGACUUUAAGGGCCUGAUGGCCAUGUUUCAGGAGGAAGAACUUAUUCUGAAGCAACUGAAGAGCAGACCUGCCCUCCCAGACAAACCUAAAAGUGUCCCCCCUCCCACGAGUCCCUCUCACUUCCUCCCUGCAGGAGCACGCCCCUCCCUUCUGACCUCCAUCAACCAGACCCUCGAUGGGAAAACAGUUAAUGCCCCCAAAGUGGUCUUCAAAGAGGAUAAGAAGCAGAGCAAAACGCCUCUCAUCUCUAAGGGCAAAGACAAGACUGAAGUGAAGCUGAAAAAAGCGAAAGACAAGACAAUGAAAGGAAGCAAAGAGAAGCUUGAAGAGAUUUCAGAGGAUCUGAAACCGAAGAAAGUGAAGAAGCUCCCGCAGCUCCCUGGAGCAUCUAAGGGGAAAACGGCUGAGCUGGUGCCAGCCGCACCCCCACCUACAGGCACAGUGUCAAAGAAGAGGGGCAUCCUGGAUUUCAUGAAGUCAACAAAAAGAAAUUCAGCGGAGGUCCCUGAAGAUCAGAUCUUAGACUCUCCCACCUUAGGCAUUACUGGACCAGCGCCACUUAUCCCAGUACAUGUUGACUAUGGUGUUGUAGCACCUGAUAUUUCUGCCCCAAGGGCCCUUCUACCAAACAUCCCCAUCUUACCGGACUCAGCUGCUGUAAUGGAAAUAACCCCGCCCUCCACUAUCCCUGCCUCUCCCGAAUUGACCCCCCCUCCUACCUUUGUUCCUGAUAUCCCAGAUCUCCAAGUGCCAACCUUGGAGAUUGAAACUCCUCUUGAGAUGGAGACUCCUGCAGUGCACAUUUCCAGGACUGCUAGUCAGAAUGAAGUCAUUCCCAAUCCACCCAGCGAUUCCCCAACCCCCCCACCCAGUCUUGCCAUCUCUAUUCCUUCUCCAGUGGCCCCCACUCCUCCUCCAUCCCUUCCUGAGCCUGAGAUUGCUGCUGAGGCUUGUGUAGAGGCUGUAAAUAUAUCUGCAGUGGAGACGCCGCCUCCUCCUCCUCCUGGAACAGACCCUCCAUCCAUUCCGUCGUCUCCCAAAGCUGAGCGACCCAUCUCGGCCCUCUCUGCCCUCUCCAGGGCGGAGGAUAUGAGCCCAGCGAGAAAGAUGUCUCCGGUUGACCAGAGGAUCUUCAAUGCGCUGGAGAAGGCACGCAAGAAGAUUGGCCAACCGACGAACCCCACCACAUCCUACUCCAUCACCACACCUUCUGAAGAGCGUCCACCAAGUCCCACCAUUUCCCUCCCAGAUAUACCACCCAUUGAUUAUGAGGGAAAGCUCAACAGCUUGGACCACAGGCAAGCCUCUCCAGCAUUGGAAGGUAUCACUGAGGAGGGGUCGGACCCUGUCCCAGAGCUAUUGGUGGUUCCCCCUCCUCCCCCCAAACGGCUCCUCCCAGACCCCGAGUCUCUGGGAGUUGCUCCAGAGAAACCCCACAGACCUCCCUCUGUCAACCUGAGGGAAUUCAUCCCUCCUCCUCCUCUGGAAGAGAUCCCUGCUCCUCCUGAAUUCUCCGAGGCUGACCCCACAGACAUCCCAGAGUUUGAUGAUGUGACCUCAGAUGCUUAUCCUCCAGAGCUGCAGGUGCCAGAGUGGGGGGAUGGGGAUUACACCGGUCCAGAGACUCCAGAUCAACAGAACUUGCCGGAGUUUUACAGUAACGGGGCGACUCCACCUGAAGCUGAGGUGCAUGCAUCUCCAACGUUUGUAGACGAUCAUCCAGAUGAUCGACUAUCAGGAUUUUCCUUCCCAGUCCUUCAGGAAGCUCCAGGGAUUUCUGCUGAAGGUCACAACGAUGUGUAUGAGAGCACAGAAAAUGUCUACGAGGACAUCACUACGUCUUCGGGCAAAAAUAAAGCAAAGAGUGACGGUGGAAAGAAACGCAAAGGACCCCCAAAGAAUCCAUAUGCUGAGGCUCAACAAGAAAUAAAUGUAGAGAAAAUCAAGACGGGCAGGUUCGGCAGGAACGAAAAGAAAGCUGAAGGGCCGGAUGAGAAAGAGCUGAAAAAGAAAGAAAAGCAGCGACUGGAGAAGGAGAAGAAGGAGCUAAAGGAGAAACAAGAAAAGGAAAAGAAAGAGCAGAAAGAAAAGGAAAAGAAGGAGAAUGAGAUGAAGAAGAAAUUCAAAAUCACAGGACAGGAGGACGCCAUCUACGAAGCAACUGUAACCGUGGCGACCAAGGGACGUAAAAAUGAUCUGUCCGCCAACAGCGGGGACAUCAUCAGCAUCAUCAGUACAACCAACUGUCCCAAAGGGAAAUGGCUGGCCAGGGACAGCAGCAACAACUACGGAUAUGUUGCCGUGGAUCAUGUGGAGCUGGACAUCAAAGAGAUGCUGGAGCUCGGAAAGAAGGCGGCCAUCUCUCGCAGGGGCAACAACAACAACAUUGUGGUCUCAGAGGAGGAGGUUACCAGCUCGGGGACCAGGGCCUCAAACCACUAUCCAUUGUCAGCGGAGAGCUUCACAGAUGACAGUGAGGAGUGGACCGGUGACGAAGAAGAACCCACCUCCCCUCCUCCUGAUACCGCAGAUCCACUGACUCCAAUGGGCCACAACAGGACACUCUCAAUGCCAGAUAUGGGAAACAGAGAUCUAAGCAUAAACCACCAACACAGUCAAAGUGACAUCAGCGGAGAGGGCACACAUGACAAAGCAAGACAUGAAGCACUUCAGAAAUUGGCCACAUUUUUCCAUGCACCAAAACCUGCCGAACCUGCUCCAAGCAGCAUUGAAUCAGAGACAAGUCCUGUGCUAGUGGAGGAGGAAGAAGAUUCCCUGCCUGAAGUUACUACAUUAGAUUUUGAUCAUCCUGACAUGAUCAUUUUACCUCCUCCUGACAUGUAUGCUGAUCUGACAGUGGAGUAAUUCUCAUACUGUAAACAAGCAGGACAAAGAGCAGCCAGGCAGAGGAAAAACAAAAACAAACAUGUGUCCAUACUGUUAUUGUGCACACUGUGACCCGUGUCAGUCACCCAAUACUGUGACAGUGUCUUCAUCUUCCUGACUGUGACCUCGUUUACCUGGUGACGGCAUUUAUGGAUCAGUAUGAUGAUGAAGAGCAUCGAGAUAAGGAGAUUUCUCAACAAGCGAUACACCGUCUCCUCAAACUGUUUUGUAAGCUCUCCGUGUGAAAGCAGAGGGACCUGGUGGCUCUGUAUGACUUUGAAAAAUUGGACCAUUAUGAGCUGCUGAUCCCAGGAAAAAGAAGUACAACAUUUUUCAAACACACCUCAUGCGUUCGAAAAUGUUCACACGUCAUGUGCAAAUAACCUAAAUAAGGGGAAGACGAUGGAAAAUGUAGAUUAUUCUCAGACCAGUUUAAGAAAACAGUGUGACAGCAGACAUAGGCAGUGAGAACAGGCAGAUUAGUUUACUUCUCAUUUUCAUUCACAUUCCGAGAAAUCACUAGUCAGGUUAUUCCUCAGGAUAAUCUAGUUAGUUAGUGUCCAAUACACUUGUUACCAGUUUACAGUGUUGGUAGCAAAGGAGUAAAUGGAAGUAUAGCUUGUAGACAUACAAAUGAAUAAAUUACAUAUAUAAACUUACAUAGUUCUUUUUUUACUUAAUACUGGGCUAGUCAGUUCUUCCAUGUGUUUUUGUAUUAUUGUUGUUUUUUUGUACAUGAGUAUCUUUUCUACUUCUAUGUACCCCUGUUAGUGUUGUUAAAUAUCAUUAUGGAUUAUAGAAGUGCAUAUGUAACUCAUGUCAUAGUAUUUAAAUGCUGAGCUUUAAAGAUAUUAUGUAUAAUUAUCUUUAAUGGCACCAAUAACCAUGGAGGGAAAUCUAAAACAAAGACCAGUUGCUAUGUAUUGUUCACAGUUGCACAUUCUGGAGGGAAGCACAAUCCAUACACUUUAUUUUCUUUCUUUAAUUUUUAUGGAGCGGAUGUGUAGCAGGUGUCACUUUUAUCUUACCGCCUUUCUUCUACGACUUUCCCUGAAGCUGAUGAAUACCAAGUGUUAUAGAAAGACAAAGUGGUGUGAUGAUCACCUGAGGUCAUUUUUGUGAGUAAAAUGUUGUUUGUCAACAUCUAAGGGUGCAUUUUUGUCUGGAAAAAACACCUAUAUAAUCCUCUGUGAUGGUGUGAUGAUUUAGGACAAAAACAUUUUCCUUUUAUAUGUUGCUUUAUUGUUUUUCAAUAAAUACUCUUCAAGUUCAAA